UUUUUGGCCUUGGUGGCAUUGCAAGUGGUGACAUGCUUUUCAACACAAUAUUUGGGAAAUGCAGUACAUCCAACUUUGGAAAAUCAUUGCUUCUAUGAGGACUAUAACCUAACAAUACCCAUUGGAGAGACUCAACAUCCAACCGAUAUUGAAUAUAAGUGUUUUAAAAUUCAUUGCCGUUCCGAUUAUGUAUUGGAAAUUAAACACUGUGAUCGUUAUCCCAAUUAUUGCAUGGAAAAAGCCGACUAUGAUUAUUCGAAACCCUAUCCCAGCUGUUGUCCGAAAAUAAAAUGUCCCAAAAAAUAAA